CUGUAGUGUAAUUAGUAAGCAAAGAGUUUGAAAAAGGAUAAUCGUUGGGAUUAAAACCCUACGGCAGAGUAAGUAACGUUGCGGCACUUGAGUUUUAGUUCCCACUCUCUCUUCUCCACAUUCCAGAGAGAGAAAUGGCGGCAACAACAUCAGAGAGUGAGAAGAAGCAGGAAGAGGGAGCGGAAGCUGAACAAGUGGUGAAUCCAUGGGAGGUUUCCGCCAAAGGCAAAAUCGAUUACGACAAAUUAAUCGACCGUUUCGGUUGCCAGAGGCUCGACCAAUCUCUCAUUUCACGCCUCCACCGUCUCACCUCUCGCCUCCCUCACGUUUUCCUCCGACGCGGCGUUUUCUUCGCCCACCGCGAUUUCGCCGAUAUUCUUGACGCCUACGAGAGGGGCGAUAAGUUCUACUUGUACACCGGACGUGGACCUUCCUCCGAAGCCUUGCAUUUGGGACAUUUGAUUCCCUUCAUGUUCACUAAGUAUUUGCAAGAUGCAUUUAAGGUUCCUCUGGUUAUACAGCUCACUGACGAUGAGAAGUUCAUGUGGAAAAAUCUUACUAUAGAGGAGAGCCAAAGACUUGCAAGAGAGAAUGCAAAGGACAUAAUUGCUUGUGGUUUUGACAUUUCAAAGACAUUUAUAUUUGCUGAUUUCAGUUAUGUUGGCGGUUCCUUCUACAAGAACAUGUUAGAGGUUGCAAAGCGUGUGACUUAUAACCAGGCUGUGGGCAUCUUUGGUUUCACCGGGGAAGAUCAUAUUGGAAAAGUUAGUUUUCCACCUGUGCAGGCCGUUCCAUCAUUUCCAAGUUCAUUUCCUCACCUAUUUUCUGGAAAAGAGAAUCUCCGUUGUUUAAUUCCUUGUGCGAUUGACCAGGAUCCAUAUUUUAGAAUGACACGAGAUGUUGCUCCUCGAAUAGGUUGCCACAAGCCAGCCUUGAUUGAAUCAUUAUUCUUCCCUGCAUUACAGGGGGAAACAGGGAAAAUGUCUGCUAGUGAUCCCAAUUCUGCAAUAUAUGUUACUGAUUCUGCGAAAGAUAUUAAGAACAAGGUAAACAAGCAUGCAUUUUCUGGUGGGCAAGAUUCUAUAGAGAAACAUAGGCAAUUAGGGGCAAAUCUUGAGGUAGAUAUACCAAUCAAAUACCUUACUUUUUUCCUAGAAGAUGAUGUGGAACUUGAACACAUCAAGAAGGAAUAUGGAGAAGGGCGAAUGCUAACAGGUGAGGUAAAGCAGCGCCUAGUUGAAGUUUUGACUGAACUAGUGGAGAGGCAUCGUAGGGCCCGGGCUUCUGUGACUGAAGAGAUGGUGGAUGCAUUUAUGGCUAUCAGACCACUUCCCCACAUGUUUGACUGAAGUUUUGUCUGCCCAAAUAUUGGUUAACCGGAUUUGUUGUUUCUCAACUUGAAAAUUGUGUUUUCUUUCUAUACAAUACAACGAUUGUUAUAUAGACAUGCUAUCAUCAAAAUUUGUACCUUUCUCACAAUCACCUGAUAAUUCAAAUGGCAAGGGACAUGGUUCCUAUGGUUCCUCUUGAUUAAAAAUUAGGCAUUGGAAGAGCUUUGUCUUCUUAAGUGACUUUGCAGUUUAAUUUGGCUCGGGUUGCUAACCGUAUGAAUGAAGUUCUACACAAUGUUACGAUGGAUUAUGUAAUUAA